AUGUUUUUUCGCAAUCAUUUAUUUCACAUAAUAGUGUUUUUAUUAUAUUUCUUAAAUAUUUAUGCUAAGCUUACGACAGACAACAGUUUAAGAACACUCAAUCGCUGGGUAAGUUUUACUGAACCAUUGGUUACUUGGCAUACCCUGAAUACGUGUGACAACCUGAUCAGACAUAAUACAUCAAUCGACUCCAGAAAAAACAAUUCACUAAAAAUUGAACACCUUACCAAUACGAUGAACGAUAGGGUGAGGAACUUAACGUGCACAUAUGCAUACUACGCACAAAGACAUUUGGAAGAACUCUAUACAAUUGUAGAUAAUGAUUUGUUAAUCGAUGAAAUUAUUAUCACGGUUUCCACAAUAAAUUCAUCAUAUUUAAAUAUUGCAUUGAAAAUGCUGACAACAAUAUCCGACGUUGGGUACGAUCCACCAGAAUGGAUGUUUAAAAUUAUUCCAUUUUUACAAAAAGAUUGGAUGGAAAAUUUGCAUGAAGAUUUGGCAGUUCUCUUAAACACUUUAAUAGUGUUUAAUUCAAAUUACAAUUGCAAUGUCCCUAAAUUAAAGCCAACAGAAAAAAGGAAUAUAAAUAUAAUGUUAUCUUUCGAUUCAGAAAACGAAGAGAUAUUGACAAUAGAUUUGAUCAAAGAAAUUUACAGUUUAAAUACAAUGACAGAAGAUGAUUUCUUAAAAAAAUACAAAAUACCCGAAUGCAUCACAAAAAAAUAUUUUCCUUACAAAUUCUCCUCUCAGCAAAUUCCCGGAAAACACUCAAACAGUUCUAGAAUAUGUGGCACUUAUUUAUAUUCACAGUUAAAAGGAAUCGCAGAAAAUGUACAAAAUAAUAUAUUGGAUUCUUAUUACAUUCUUGAUAAAAAUAAAUCAAUCCUGCCUUUCAAAAAUUAUAGAGAUUUUCACCGGCCCAGGUUUAUUAAACCAUCGAACUUAAAUGAAAUAGAUAUGAAAAUGUCGCAGGAAAUAGAAACAAAUUCUGAAACUAAACAGAUAUUUAAAUUUAAAUCUUUGAUCAAUUCUGUAGUGUUUAAUACCAUUUGGUAUCCUCUAGGAAUGGAUAAAUUGGUCGAAUUAAACAAGCAAUUAACAAAUGUAAACAAUUCUACAAAAUUAGACAGGUCAUUUCUAUCUAGGCUUAAAUAUACAAAGAACUCUAUUAUGGAUAAACUUCACAUGUUAUAUUUGCAUUAUGCAUUAGUUCAUUUAAAUCAAGCAUUGCUUUUUCUACAAUAUAUUCAACUAACUCCCGGUAAAAAAAGAAAUUAUGAUUAUAGUCAAUACUUAAUACAACUGUAUUAUGACAUAUCAUUGAUGACGAUUGCAACAUUUACUAAUAACAAUUACUAUCCUGCAGAAUGGAUGGUGCAUUUGGUUUUAUAUUGUAUGGAGGAAAAUCAUGAUAUUAAACAGACAGAUAUUAUUGAUAAAAAAAUUAAUCUAUCAAUAUAUAAUAUUAAAAGUUUAAUAUCAUUGUUAGAAGAAGUUAAUUCUAAAAUCAACCCAAUGAAAUUAAAACCUCCGUAUUUUGAUAUAGAAGGAAUGCAAUUCGAUAACAAUAACAGAACUGAUAAAUUAUAUAUUAACCUGCUACGUGAAUAUAAAUUAUUGGAGGUACAAGACUUUAUAAUGAUGCCACAUGUUGAUGUUCUGUAUUCUAAUUUAGUUGAAGUAGCUUAUUUACUUGAAUUUAAUUCGAAACAUUUAUCAUAUACAAAUUAUGAGAAGUUCGCACCAUUAAAGUGGUUAUUCAAAGAAAGGCAUUUAAACAAAAAUCUAGUGAAUAUUUUUUAUUGGGAAUCAGUAGAAAAGGAAUCACUAAGCAACUCAAAAUAUCCUGCUGAUGAUAAAAUUUGGAAUAUUUUUAGGAUGCAAUUCCUUUACAGUAUUAGUUUAGGUAUAAAAAAUUUUAAAAAUCGUCCAUAUGAUCCUGAGAAAAUUAUCGAUAAAUCAAUUCUUGUCCACAGUUACAUAAUAAACCUAUUGCAGUUGAAUUUGUUAAGGGGUAUUUUAAUAAUAUUGUCGCAAUGUCACAAUAUCAACCAAUUUUAUAUCGCUAAAAAAACGGAUUCAAAAAAUAAUCACUUUUUGUUCUCAUACAAUUUAUCAUGUGGAUUUAGUUUGAAAUUAACGCAGAGUAUACAAAAACUACUAGAAUACACUGAGUUAAAUACAGACCCUUUGUUUAUUCAACUGUUAGAGGAAAUCAAAUUAUUCCCAAAGAUAUAUAAUGAUGUCUCCAAAAGUUAUUCAAAAAUAAAUGAAAUUGCAAAUAAUCCGGACAGAAUAACAAGCUUUACAAACUUUUUAAAAUUAGGAAUGAAAAAGUUAAAUGAAAUUUCAAUAUCUAUGAGAUUGGAAGGUAAUGAUCCUAUUAUCCCCUUCUCUACUAACACACAUACUAUGAAAAACAUAAAUGACAAUUUGGCGGCUAAUGUUCCAUUUCUUCAUCGUUCUGAGUUAUACAUUAAAGAUCUGCAGAAUAUCAUUAUUAGAUUUAAUAACGUCUACAAGAAUGACUUUCAUAUUCAUAAUUUGCUGGUGAAAUCUCUUGGUCAUUGUAGACCGCGUCAAAUUUCCCUUGGAUACAAUAAAGAAAAUAUGCUUUUUUGAAUUGUUUAAUUUAAGUAUAUCAUAUUACUAUAUGUUAUAGAGAUAUUUUAUUAUUUAAAUAAUUGGAUUCACAAAAAAUAUGUACUAAAUAAUCGACCCAAUACUUUGGUCUUUUUCUGGUAAAAUGUUAAAGAAAUCUAAAAAUUUUGAAGUCGCCCAACGAUUGCAACUAUUAAAAAUAUAUAUAAAAAUCAUUAACUGCAGAUUACCCAAAAGACAUGUCCUUUAUUUUAAGAAAAACGUUUAAUAUUUUCAACAUGUAUGUUUUAUUUUUUAAUAAAUGUAUUUUAAGAUUGGAUAUUAUGUAAUUGUUUAUUUUGUUUUUCUCGGUGAAUUUCAAAUGUAGUGCAAGACUGUUAUGAUCAAAUAUUAUAAACAUGAACCUUGAAAUUUUAAAAGUAACAAAUAAAUAUAUUACUUUUCAAUAUUCGUAUAUUUAAAACCCAUAUUUGACUACAUUACUAAAACAAUAUUUGAAUAAGAAUUCAGAUAGUUUUGGAAAGUUAUCAUAACUAUUUGAAAAAUAAAAAAAAAUUUAAAAAAAAAAAUUUAAAAUAAUAUCACGUAGGUAUAGUUCUACAUUUGCAAUUUUUUUUGUAUUUAUUUCAAAUUUCUUUAAUAUUAUAAUACUAUAUGACACCUUGUACUAAUUAGUUUUAUUGUCUAAUUAUCGGCAUGUGAUAAUUUUUUGUAGUAUUUAGUCAUUUUUUAAAAAUGUAUUUAAACAUUUUGAAUGAGUAUAAUUAAGUCGUAGUCAAAAAAAUCGUUUGUUUUUGAGUAAACUAAACUGUAAAUUAUUAAAAUCUAGUAAAAUCUGUAACCGUUAAAUUAAAAACUCUAAUAAAUAGUUAUAAUGUUACAUACAUUGAACUAAUUCAAUUAAUAGUAAUCAAUAUAAUUUUUUCAUAAGUUAGAAUUCUAUUAUCAAAUCUUACAAGAUAAAAUCCAUAGAAAUUUCAUCGUUGAAUAAGACGAUGAUUUUUAUUUAAAAAUAAAUAAAUCAACAGGACAAUACAUAUUUUAUAGGUAGGCAACUUUAAAGGGUGUCAACAACUAGGUGGAGUACUGAUCGAAUUUUCCGUUUAAACAUCGUUGUUUCAUCAAAUUAUUAUUAUAUCUUUUGGUUCUAAGUUGAAGGAAGAAAAUGUAUUGGUUUUAAAAUAAUUUUUUCUUUUUUUUCUGUGGACAACUUUUCUACUAGAAAUUAUGAUCUGUUGGAAAAUACGAUAGGGAGGUAAUUUUUUGGUUUUUUCAGUAAUUUUCCUAAUAAAUGGAAAAACCGUGAAAAAACAUUGUAAGACUGGGAGGAACAUCGGAAAACAGGGAAAAUACGUAUGAUAAACGGGGAAACAGGUACAAUGUUAAAUAAAUAUUAUUACAGAAAAUGUAUAACAUAAAUAUUUAAUGAUUUUUCUACAAUGUGGCAUAUACAUAUUUAUAUUGAUGACAAAGGAAUACUUUCAGCCGAACUCUGCUCAGAAUUGUUUUUUCAUUUGCAUUGAUUUACAAAUUUACAGAGAGAUAAUUAUAAUACAAGCUUAAAUAUUUUUUACAUCGAGUUAAUUUAUAUUUAAUGGAAUUAUAAUAGGUUUGUUCACCAAAAAUAAAACGGAGAAUGAUAACUAAUAACAGGAAAAACGUAGUCUACCACUUAAUAUACAAAUCUGUACGCAAAUAAUUACAAAUAUAGAGAUUAAGUAGCGAAAAUUUUGCUGAGUUAUUGCGUUUCUAAUGACGCGCGUCGAAUGAGCGAUAUAGACAGUAUUUGCCGCCGAUUCGGAAAAUCAGAGAGAUCCUGAGGAUUCUGACAAUAUAUCACGUGGUUAAUUUAUUCUGUAAACUUUAAAAAAUAUUGUUCAUUAGGUGGUGGUCAUAAUUUUUUAAAUUAGCCCUAUCUGAUUUUAUUGUUUUCUGCGUUACUGCUACCAAAUAUUUUACUUUGAUUAUUAACUUUAGGUGUAGUGUCUGGGAAACUUCUUCUUUAACUUCGUUUGUUUUCUAGUACUAUGGAAUUAGAAGGUAAAUGUAGAGAGAGUGCCCCUUAGGUGUGUUACAUAUUCGAGUUUUGAAAGUUAUUCGAAUAUAUUAUUGGGAAAUUUAACUCUUUACUAAAGUAAUAACUGAUGAAUUUUAGAAUGUAUAAUUCAUUUUUAAUACGAAUUACUAACGAUUUGUUUACUAGCCAUUUAGAGGGUGGGGAACAUCAAUCUAUAACGACGGAGUUCUGAAACUUUCUGAUGUUUUUUGUGCAAAUCAAUCUAAUAUUGUUUACUAGUUUUACAUGCUAUAUAUCCCUAUAUAUAAAUGUCAUUUUAAGUUUUUUGAUGUAAUAAAAUAAUAUAACAGUGAAAAUCAACGAGUUGUUAUUAAGACAUAACCGUUAGUUCAUGCAGUAUCCUAAUGUAUUAGUAUUAUGCUAUAACGCUUUUACUCUUUUUAUAGUACCUAUUGAAUUUUUUAUUUUUUAUUCACAAGAAAUGAGAAUUAUCAGCUUGGCCUUUUGUAUUCAUAUAGAAAGGAUGUGUGCUCAUUAAUUGUUUAUAUGGGCGUGUGGCGCUUCUGCUCUUCGAAAUGCAUAAUUUAUACUAUCACAAGUGACGUAUUUCUGUAUUAUACGCAAAAUGUAUCAUUAUAAUUAAAGACCGGAUUUUGCAUGAAAUACAUGUUGCUAUUUUCAACAUCAUAUACAUGCAGUUAAUGAGUGUCCAAAAAUCAUUACCUAACUAAUUAAAUAUCAAAAUUUUAUACUGCAUAUUUUUGCAUAUUCUUACUUAAGUGCAUAUUCUGCAUAUUCUUGCAUAUUUUAACAAAAAUUAAUGUCCAACAAAUACAAAAAGAUAAUAGGUACGUUAAUAUAUCAAAUAUUUUACGUUACAAAGAAUAUUCGGACGCUAAAAAUACGUUAACUUAACUUACAUAGUGGAAAUUUUCAUUACAUUUUCAUUUUCAAUUACAUUUUUCAUGUAUCGUUAAAAGCAUCGAAGUGCUUGAAUUCUAAUUCGGCACUUGUAGACUCGUUAAACAUUAUAAAACAAGUAGAUAAUUCUAUCAAUGAACUUCCUACGAGCACAAAUAGUACAAUAAUUAAAACGAAAUUUAAAAAUGUUUUCGAUAAAAAUAAAGGACUAAUGGUUUUAAAAGAAAUUUCGAAAAUACUUCAAGGUGUCAUUGCUAACUUCAAUGAUUUAUCUGUUCCAAAUUAUUCACCGGAUGUAUUAGCCAAUUUUAAAUAUGCACCAAUAACCAAUGUUGACGUUGAACGCAGUUUUUCAUCUUACAAUUACAUCCUUACAGAUCGUCGUCAUAAUUUUACAGAAAUAAACAUGGAACACACUUUAAUAACUUAUUGUUUUUCCUAUUAACAUGCCUACUACAUUAAAUUUGUCGUUCUUUUUCCCCAUUAUAUACCAAUAUGUACUAUUUACUUAUUUACUUAUUUUGUUUAUGGAAAUUUUAAUAAAAUUAAUAACUAAUUAUCACUGCAAAAUUUAAAUAAAAUAUAAAAUUUUAAACUUUAUUAUGCAUGUUUUGCUUUUUUUUCUUGCAUAUCUUGCCUUUUUUUAGUGCAUGUUUGCAUGCAUAUUUUACAAUUUAAAAUGCAUACAAAUCCGAUCUCUAAUUAUAAUUAUACAUCACAAAAAAAAAUAUAGUGAUCACCAUAAAAGAAGACACACAUUAUCUUUAAAAAAAUUAACUUUUAUUAGAAUUAGUCUAAUCAGCUCCAAAAUGUUAAAUAUUUUUUAUUCUUUAUUACAAUUAUUUUUGGGGUGAUAUCAAAAAUUCCAUAAACAGAAAAUGUGUAGUUUAAAUACCAUUUAGUAUUGAAAUGGUUCAUCAAAAUAGAAUAAUUUUGAAACUCCAAUUAAUGUAUACAAACUUAUAUUAUUUUAUUUUUAUUAUGUAUACGGAAUUAUCUUUUUUAACAUAAUAUAUACUUACAAUUAACAUAUCCACAUUAAUUAUUACAAUUUAUUACCUAAAGCUUAAUACCAACUACUUACUACUUAUUACUUACUACCUAACUAGACAGGUAUUAUAAAAAAAGAUUAAAAAAAAACGAAGGUUCAAAACUGGCAUUCGUCAUCAUACGUCCGAAGUGUUUAUAUUUAAGAUAGUUGGUGGAGACAAAGGGAACAUAAAAUGAAGCGAUGGUUCAGAGGAACGUUGAGGUACUCCGAAGCAGAUUAAGUAAUUCAGGAGAGUUAAUAUCACCUCGUAACAAACCAUCAAAUAACUUAAUUCUAGAAAUACGUCUACGCUUAGCAAAGACCGCCAAACCAAGUUGCGAAGCAACAGAUUUAUAGUUAUGAAGUUCACGAAAGAAAUUAAAUUUAAAGCUUGCUUACCUCAACAAUUUUCAUUGGACCCUUUUCAAUUUUAAUCAACUAUUGAUGCCUUCCCGAAUUACGGAAUUAUAAUCCAGAAUAAGGCAUACAAGUGCACAAUAUAACACCUUAAAUGAUAAGUUUAACCGAAACUCUUUACACAAACUUAAGACAAACUCCAGAGUUCUAAAAUUCUUACAACAAAUAUGUUCAAUAAUGGAACUAGGAUCAAAAUUUCAAAUUAGAAUAAGAACUUAGAACUUAGAAUAAACCCUAGAUCUGUAACACUGCUAUUAGAGCAUGAAAGAAUAGUAGGUCUGAGAUAGUAUGAAUAUACAACAAGGGACUGAAUCCUGGAAAAAGUCAUGGUUUUGCAAUUAGAAAUAUUGAAAGAUAUCCCUACUAAAAUGAACCACUCAUUGAAUUUAUCAAAUUCAUUCUGUUACAAGAUAUAGUUCUCCAAGAAGAUAUACGAGAGUAGAGUUUUAUAUUGUCGGUAAAACAUAAAAUAUGGCUUUGAGAAAGAAGACUUGAGACACUAUUGAUAAAUAAGGAUAACAGAAGCAGAGGAAGCUGUCCUCCUUGAGGAACAUCGGAUGUUGCAAGACAAAUAUUUGCAUUUACUCAAAGCAAAUUAACCCAUUAAUAAAGAUGUGAGAGGUAAGACAAAAAAACCAGAAAAAGCAUGGUUCGCCAAUACCAGUUAAAUUGAGUACCUGACAAAGGCAUUGUGAGCAAAUAAAUCAAAUGCCUUAUUGAAAUCAGUAUAAAAGACGUCAAUCCGUGACAUCAAAUUAAAAGAUUUGUAAACAUAAUUGUUAAAAACUAAAUUACAGGUGGUUUAACGAUCAGGGCGAGAACAAUGCUGUUCCUUCAGAAGAAUUCUAGUGAUCGAUGGAUGAAUACAAUGCAAGAACAGUUAUUCAAAUAUUUUCGGAAUAUGUGAUUGUAUAGCAAGCAUAUGAUAUUUGGAUACGUUAGAAAAAUCACCAAAUUUUUUUACAGGUGUAACAGAGCUAAACUUUAACACUAAAGAAAAAAAUCCUUCUAUGAUAGUUUUAACCUGAUAUAAAGACUCAUGGGAUAAACCAUUAGGAAAUACAGACCAAUUACCAAACAAGUCAGAUAAGUGUUUAAAAACUUUUUUAACAGUAAAAUCAACAUAAUUAGGCAAGUCAAAAGAAAGGAUUUCCAACGAGGAAGUAUCACGAUCAAAAUGAGCAUCCGAGAAAACAGAAGAGAAGUACGUAGAAAAUAGACUGGCACCUUCUUACUCACCAGUAGUUGAUUCAUUAAAAGAAACCUCCUUAGGAACCUUACAAAAAGAUCUUUUAUUUUUAACAAAAUUCUAGUAAUCUGAAGGGGUAAUAGUUAAUGAAGAUUCAAUACGCUCAACAAACCUACGAAAACAUUUCUUAGAUUUGUACUUAUAAUCAGCAUGUAUCAAAAAAAAUUCCCUAUAGUCGUAAGCAUUGAAGGAUAACUUGAAUAUUAUAUAUGCCUUUUUCUUUAAAAAUAAAAUUUGUUUAAAAUCCUUACUAACCUAUAGUGGGAAUAUUGAAUUAGUAAAUUUACACCUCGGAACAAAAUUGAGAACCCAUAUAUGUAAGACAUCAAAGAAGAUAUUAAACGCUCCAUCCACAUAAUAUAAUUGGAAAGUUGAGUACCAAUCAAAAGACAAUAAGAACAAACGGGCUUUUUCAAAUGUGAAUUUUCGAAAAUUGUAGAAUGUGUAACUAUGAUUUUAGUAAGUAGUAGACUGAUUCAUUAAGAGAAAAAAAUUUAACGCAGUGUGAUAAAGGCCAGCCGGAACAACUUAUACAUCAAAUUAUAGUCAUCAUAUACAAUAAAGGUAUUUGAAAGGAAGUUCAUUCUUAUGUGCUAAAUAGAGUUAAUAUGCGAUUCAUUAAUGAAAGGUGAACAAUUAAGGGAAAUAUAAACAACAACUAGAACAAAACUAAAUUGACCAAUCGUAAAGUGAAUAAAAAUAUGCUCAACAUUAAGGUCAGGGACAGAAAUAAGAAAAGUUGUAAAAUAUUUACAAAGACCAUUGACGACACCUUCGCCCCGUAAAAAUACACUCGUAUCAGUACACCUAUCACACCUAAAAAUGUUAUAGUUAUAUACACCAAGUUUGCAAUUAGUAAAGUUAUUAUUUAACUAGGUUUCGUUACUACAAUAAAUAAAUAGUUAAAUGCAGAUAUAUUACAUACUGUUUUAGUUAAUUUUGUUCUGAGUCCACAACCAUUUUGAUAAAAUGUCAAGAUUUUAUCAGAGCGAGGUGAAGAAGUUAUGAUAAGCUAGCAUGAUAGUGGGAUCGAUCGUCCUCUUUUUUUGACAUAGCUGAACCAACAGUAAACAGCCCGUUCACGAACACUACACGCAAGCCAGUCACUGACUCUUCUAUUAAAGUCCUCGUAGCAUGAACGUAAGAGCCUACGACAGUUCUGUUCCUCAUCAUCCCAAAACCUUCAGGUAAAUGGUUCCCAGAAGGUACAGUAGAAUUAAAUGCAGCGUAAAGGUUCAAAACAACAUCUUUGGAUUCAUGAAUAACUUUUAUUGGAUGUGUAAAGUCAGCACGAGAUUUACCAAGACAAAUUAACUCAAAGUUAGUAAAAAAAGCAUUCUUAAGUGAAUCAUGAGCAUUAUAAAUGGUAGGUUUAACAUGUUCAAUCCUUGAAGAGGUAUUCGGUAAAGUAGAUUUAGAAACACCAUAUAAAAUUUAGUUGGGAACAUGAUUAAAGCCGCGCUUCAAUUCCACUUUAAGCUCAUUAAAUUUCGUAGCCAAUUUGUCAAAAACUGACUCAUUGGAGGAGCAAAUGUCUGCUUUAAGAUUCAUAAUGAAAGCCAUUAUAUCGUUAUUGGAAACAGAUGCACUAGGAGAAUAUUGUUACUGGAAAUAGUCUGAGUGAUACGCAUAACGGAAAAAUGUCAAAAACGAACCUUCUUUAAAAUAAAGAGGUAGGCAACUAAAUUGACACAAAACGCUAGACAAGUCAAAUCUAGGCAACAUCUUAUUAAUUCUAAUUUUGAAUCAUGAGCAGCUGAUGUUUGGAUAAAAAGUAAGGCCGAUAACACCGUCGGUGUUAUAUUAGGAAGUAAAAUAGAAUAGCUAAACACUAAUAAAAGCAUAAUGGACACGAAAACGAAACAACUGCCCGAGACGGAGCAAUUAGAGAGACACAAAAAAAAAUGGAUAAGAUACAGCACAACGACAAACGUCCAACCGUCAUAGAGAAUAAAUCUGUACUUAUCUUCUGUACAUGGUAUAAAAAUCUUUGGAGUUGUUACUUAAAGUACUGUAUAGAUAAAAAAAAAUUGUAUAAAAAACGCCAUGUAUUAUAUAAUAUAUUAUUAUUAUUAUUAUAAUAUAUAAUUAAUUAUAAAGAUGGUAGGUUUAUAAUUUUACUAACCAAGAUUUUUAACAAAUGAUAAUAAAAAAAGAGUAAUGAGGACGGGUGCAGAUAUUUAUAUAAUUGGGUAGUGAGUGAAAUUAUUAAAUAUAUACCUGUAAUUAAAAAAAACCAUUGAACAUGGGAAACGAUUCAAACCGAGUUCAAUUAUACAAAUUUAGAACUCCGUAACAUUUACGAUUUUCAUAAAAUUGGAUUUUAAAACUUAUAAAAAAAAAUAAUGAAAAUUAGUAAAAAAUAGAUGACCAUUAAGUACGACGUGUGAACGUAAUGAACCUCCUGUGGGAAAAAUUUCUGUUAGUCUAACAGUUUGUCUUAGAAAUGUAUAAAAGACUUAUUUGCUUAAAAUUUCUAGUUUUACUACGACAUUUUAGUUUUGCUCAAUUAUUAAAAAACUAAAACUAAAACCCGCGCUUUGUAUUCACCAACUAGAUUACAAAUUCAACAGAAAAUAUCUCUUGGCUUUUUUUGAAUUGAAGUAAUAUUUAUGGUAGAAAACAUAAGCCGUAGAAAUUUAAAAUAAUUAAUCGAAAAAUAAUUAAUAUUCUAAUUAAACAUUAGUUUAAAUCAGAAAAGUAUGUGAUUAUACUGAUUUACUAAUCAUUGUUCAGUAUGAUAAUAAACAUUAAAAAACGUAUACAUAAUGAUGAUAAGUCCUCAAGAUAAUACAUGAUUACAGAAACUAAAUACUGUACAAAUUUUUAUUAUUUGACAAAUUUAUGAUUUUUUACGCACUCGAACUAAUAUAGAAAUAUAAAUGAUAUAUUUAGUUCUGUUAUUUUAACCUACAUUAUGAGCUGACAUAAUUUAUUGGUCUAUGCCGAAAAUCUAAAACUUACAUCGCCUUAUUUUUCCAACCAUAUGUAUUAUCUGGUAAACAAACAACGAUAACAUUUUAUGUUUUUCUAAGAAAUAAUUAUGUACAAAGCCUACACUAAUGACGUAUUUUUGACACGCAGGAAUUAAUUUGGUGAUCCACAUCUAUGGCUUAUUACAAAUAUAUAUGUAUAUGUAUCAUCAAAUAUAAUCAAAUAUAAUUUGUAUAAUAUAAAGGUUAAUUAUUAUAUACGAAAUGGUAAUUUUGAAUAAAUAAAAAUAUGAAAUAAAUCCUCGUGUGAUUCUAUAACUCUGAUAAUUGUGUAAAAAGCGCAGUCAUAGUGGUAAAAAGUUCAUAUGUUAUCUUAUAAUGUAAUUACUAAAAUUUGAAAAAAAAAAAAAUGGUUUCAUUAAAGGUGAGUCAUGUCUUGUGUGUACACAUUUGUAAUACACACCCUGGGUUCUUACAACGAAAUGUUAGUUUCCACCCUGUAGAAAAAAUACAAAAUACACAAUUCACUGACCUAUACUACCAUUCAUUUUCCUCCAGCAAACAUAAGUAGUAUAUUGAAUUCAUAAAGUAAAUAAUUAUAUGUAUAAGAAAUAUAUACAUAAAAAUAAAAUAAAUAAAUGAAUCGAUGCGUCGCCUGAAGUAAUAUGAUCAGUAUAUUAUAUGACCGAUUUCGAAUUAAAACAUGUAUAAUAUUAAUUUAACAUUUAUUACAUUUUGACUGUUAUAUACCUGAUAUCGAAUUUUUAAUUCGAAACCGGUCGUAUAAUUACUAGUGCUAAUGCACUUAUCAUAAUACUCCUGGCGGCCAUUGAAUCAUUUAUUUAUUUUUUUUUUUAUGCAUACAUUUUUUAUUUGUAUAUUUAUUUACGAGUAUUAACCAUUUUAAUAAUUUUGGUUUUACUUUAUGACUUAAUUAUUUUAUUAUGUAUUGAAUUAAUUUCACCAGACUAGUAUAUAGAUGGGAAAAUAGAUAUUUCAAGUAACCAUUAGUCGGUAGUAGUAUAUAUAUUGAUAUAUUAUGUACUUUUAUUAUACCAAUAAAGUGAUGUAUGAACUGAUUAAUAUUUUUUCUAUGAUAGCCCUAUUUUCAGUGUAUCUUAACAACAUUUUUACCAAGAUUUAGGAGUGGUUUCUAAUAGAACAUUUUAUCUAGUUAGCGCAUUCAGAAGUACAUUUUUUUGCUUUUUCUUGUAUUUGUCUUAGUUAUGGAAAAAUAACGGAAACCAUAAAACUGUACGUAAUAAUAAAACUGUGAAUUUAUAUGCAGUUUCUUUAUUUUAAAAUGUAAUAAUUUAAAAAUAAUUGUAUACACCUGAAACGUUCACCAACUACUUCUGUAGAAGCACCUUUGAAACGAGGUGCAAUUAUCUAAAAAUUCUAGCGGAUUUGAGAUACAUACCUAUUAUAUGUUCUAGUUUUUUUAUUCAGUUAUAUAAAAUAUCAAGAUAAAUUGUACUCGUUUGAGUAAAAUCUUGUUUGAAACAAAUCUUAUUUUUCUAUUUUUGUUUUGAACAUUUGUUUAUUGCCGAUUUAAAAGUGACAGAGAAGUCAGAAUUGGUCGGAAUGACUAAAUUUUUAAAUAUAGAUUUUAAAGUUCUAAUAUUAUAUUUAAUGUUCAAUGACUUUACAUUGUCUUUUUUAAAUUAUAUUGUUCGUAAUCUAAUGGUUAUUCAUACUUGUCUUCAUUGAGAUUGAGGGUUCAAACCCGUUUUUUGAAUAAAUUUGUGAUCUCAUUAACUAUGACAGCAAAUUUUGCAAAUUUUAUUUGACUUGCGGGUGAUGAAUUAUAUUCAAUCAAUAUCUCAGAGAUAGUCGUAAAUUUAAAUAUUAUCUUAUUUAUACACAUAAAUUUUAAUUUAUUUUAUAAUAACAACCUAAGAAAAAAAAUUUUCCUGUGGAAGAAAAUAUAGAUUGAUAGAAAAUAAACAACAAACUAAAAAAAAAAUUAAACUUUUAUUUAUCUCAGCUAACACUUUAUAUUUUUGUGACCAUUAAAAAAGCAAAAGUCUGUAGUGGUUUUAAAAUUAAAAUAUUUAAUAUAUAUAUAUAUAUAUAUAUAUAUAUAAUUUUCGAGAUAUUGACAUUCUAAUGAAAAUCAUCACCAUCUUUAGUGGUAGUAAAGACUGUUAUAAAAACACGUCAUUUAUUAAAAUAAUUAAAUUAUGACAGAAUUUAAAAAAAAAUUGAUCCUAUGGGACAUAUAAAUUAUAUUAUAUUAUAGAAUUUUAUAUUUGUAUUAUAAUGCUAUUAUGGCGGUGUUCUUUAUUGUUAGCCACCUUGUAUAUUAAUUUAUAAAAAGAUACUUCAAAACAUGUUUACACUGCGAAGCUUAUAUAAAAUUACAAAUCGUAAAUUGGAUAUUCAGUAUAUUUUGUAUGUAUUAUACUAAAUUAGUGCGUUAACGGAAUUCUUUGAAUACAGUCAAUUAAAAUUAAAACGGUUCUUUUUCCUAAUUCAUUAAAAAUGUUAUUUCGCGAUCAUAUAUUUCAGAUAUUAGUUUUUUUAUUAUAUUUCAUAAAUAUUAAUGCUAAGCUCACAACAGAUAACAGUUAUAGAACACUCAAUCAAUGGGUAAGUUUAACUAAUCCAUUAGUUACUUGGAAAUCCCUGACUACGAAUGACCAUUUUAUUAGAUACAAUACAAAUAUGUACAACAGAGACAAUACUUCAAUAAUGGUUAAAAACCUUACCAAUACGAUGAACGAUAGGGUGAGGAACUUAACGUGCACAUAUGCAUACUACGCACAAAGACAUUUGGAAGAACUCUAUACAAUUGUAGAUAAUGAUUUGUUAAUCGAUGAAAUUAUUAUCACGGUUUCCACAAUAAAUUCAUCAUAUUUAAAUAUUGCACUGAAAAUGCUGACAACAAUAUCCGACCUUGGGUACGAUCCACCAGAAUGGAUGUUUAAAAUUAUUCCAUUUUUACAAAAAGAUUGUUCGGAAAAAUUGCAUGAAGAUUUGGCAGUUCUCUUAAACACUUUAAUAGUGUUUAAUUCAAGUUACAAAUGCAAUGUGCCUAUAUUACAACCAACAGAAAAAAGGAAUAUAAAUAUAAUGUUAUCUUUCGAUUCAGAAAACGAAGAGAUAUUAACAAUAAAUUUGAUCAAAGAAAUGUACAGUUUAAAUACAAUGACAGUAGAUGAUUUGUUAAUAAAACACAAAGCACCCGAUUAUAUCACAAAAAAAUAUUUUCCUUACAAAUUCUCCUCUCAGAAAAUUCCCGAAAAUCACUCAAGCAGUUCUAGAAUAUGUGGCACUUAUCUAUAUUCACAGUUAAAACAAAUCGCAGAAAAUGUACAAUAUAAUAUAUUAGAUUCUUAUUACAUUCUUGAUAAAAAUAAAUCAAUCGUGCCUUUCAAAAAUUAUGGAGAUUUUCACCGGCCCAGGUUUAUUAAACCAUCAAACUUAAAUGAAAUAGAUAUGAAAAUGUCGCAGGAAAUAGAAACAAAUUCUGAAACUAAACAGAUAUUUAAAUUUAAAUCUCUGAUCAAUUCUAUAGUGUUUAAUACCAUUUGGUAUCCUCUAGGAAUGGAUAAAUUGGUCGAAUUUAACAAACAAUUAACAAAUGUAAACAGUUCUACGAAAUUAGACAGGUCAUUUUUUUCCAUGCUUAAAAAUACAAAUAACUCUAUUAUGGAUAAACUUCACAUGUUAUAUUUGCAUUAUGCAUUAGUUCAUUUAAAUCAAGCAUUGCUUUUUCUACAAUACAUUCAACUAACUCCCGGUAAAAAAAAAAAUUAUGAUUAUGGUCAAUACCUAAUACAAUUAUAUUAUGACAUAUCACUGAUGACGAUUGCAACAUUCACUAAUAAUAAUUACUAUCCUCCGGAAUGGAUGGUGCAUUUGGUUUUAUAUUGUAUGGAGGAAAGUCAGGAUAUUAAACAGUCGGGAAUUAUUGAUAAAAAAAUUAGAUUAUCGAUAUCUAAGAUUAUGAUUAUUAUAUCAUUGUUAGAAGAAGUUGAAUCUAAAAUCAACCCAAAAAAAUUGAAACCUCCGUUUUUUGAUGUACAAGGUAUGCAAUUCUAUAACGAUAACAGAAAUGAUAAAUUAUAUGUUAACCUGCUACGUGAAUAUAAAUUAUUAAAGUUAAAAGACUUUUCACUGAUGUCAUAUGUUGAUGUUCUGUAUUCUAAUUUAGUUGAAGUAGCUUAUUUACUUGAAUUUAAUUCUAAACAUUUGUCAUAUACAAAUUAUGAAAAGUUUACACCAUCAAAGUGGUUAUUCAGAGAAUUCCAAAUAAACGAAAAUUACAUAAAUUUAUUUCGUUGGGAAUCUUUAGAUAUGAAAUUGACAGGUGACAGACGUUUUCCUUCAGAUGAUAAGUUAUGGACUGAGCUCAGGUUGAAAUUCCUUAAAAAUAUUAGUUUUGAUAAAAAAAUUCGAUCUCCUGCAUAUGAUUCUAAGAAAAUGAUUGAUACAUCAAUUCGUAUCCACAACUACAUAAUAAAUCUGUUGCAGAUACAUUUGAUAAGGGGCAAUUUAAUGAUAUUGUCACAAUGUCACAAUAUCAACCAAUUCUAUAUCGCUAAAAAAACGGAAUCAAAAAAUGAUCACUUUUUGUUCACAUACAAUUACUCAUGUGGAUUUAGUGAGGAAUUAAUGCAGAGUAUACAAAAAAUACUAGAAUACACUGAGUUAAAUACAGACCCUUUGUUUAUUCAACUGUUAGAGGAAAUCAAAUUAUUCCCAACGAUAUAUAAUAAUGUCUCCAAGAAAUAUGCAAAAGUAAAUGAAAUUGCAAAUAAUUCGGACAGAAUAACAAGCUUUACAAAGGUUUUAAAAUUAGGAAUGAAAAAGUUAAAUGAAAUUUCAAUAUCUAUGAGAUUGGGAGGUAAUAUUCCUAUUAUCCCCUUUCCUUCUAACACAAAUACUAUGAGAAGCAUAAAUGACAAUUUGGCGGCUAAUAUUCCAUUUCUUCAUCGUUCUGAGUUAUACAUUAAAGAUAUUCAUAAAAUCAUUGAUAGAUUCAAAAACACCUACAAGAAUGACUUUCAUAUUCAUAAUUUGCUGAUGAAAUCUCUAGGUCAUUAUAGACCGCGUCAAAUUUCCCUUGGAUACAAUGAUGAAAAUAUACAUUUUUGA